AUGUUAACUUUAUUGCGUGGUGGGACGUUACUCAAACGCUGGUGGCGGUUAUUACUUAUUUUACUCGCUCCAUUAAUCCUUCUUCCAUUACCUGUUGUUAUUAAAACCGUUCAAGCAAGAUGUGCAUACAUUGUAAUUCUUCUUACUAUUUAUUGGGUAUCUGAAGUAAUGCCAUAUGCAGUAACUUCAUUACUACCAUUGGUUUUCUUUCCAAUGGGUGGUGUUUUGCCUGGUGACAGAGUCGGUUUAAACUAUUUCAAAGAUAUUACAACAAUGUUUGUCGGUAUUAUGAUUCUGGCUUAUGCUAUGGAACAUGUUCGUUUACAUAGACGAUUAGCAUUAUUAGUACUGAAAUAUGUUGGUGCAUCAGUCACAUGGAGUUUAGCCGGUCUGAUGGGAGUAACCGCUUUUCUGAGCAUGUGGAUAAAUAAUUCAGCAUCUGCGAAUAUAAUGAUACCAACUGCAAUAGCCAUUGUCAAUGAACUUAAAAGCUAUGAACAGGCAACCAAACAAACAGUUGCAACUAGUAAGAAUAAAAACGAACAAAACUCCAGUACUAUUAUGUUAAAUGAUUUCAAAUCUGAAUCCAAAAACGCGUCAUCUACAGAUGACAAUACAACUGACCAAACAUUCACACUUCAAAUUCAACAUCUGAUCCCAAUCAAUCUAAAGAUUUCUCAAACGACAUCGACUACAAACGUCUUGAAACAGAAGAACAAACAUACUCUAAUACCCGUAUUUACAGGGUUUUUAAUUGCUGUGGUCUUCAGUGCGGCUAUUGGUGGUAUGAUGACAUUGGUAGGAACAGGUCCAAAUAUUUUCGUUAAAGGAUUCAGUGAUCAAUACUAUGCCAGUGGAAAUAUCAGACUGCAAAUUUCAUUUGCUAACUUUCUUCUGUAUGGUUUACCAAUCGGUAUGAUCAUGCUUGUUCUUGGUUGGUUAUGGUUAGAAAUCUUGUAUAAUCGUAAAAGUUUCUUUCAAAUUAAAAAAUUGAAGAUAGAAGUGGUUGAAUCGGCAAACAAUUUGCAGUCUAUUCUUAAACAACAGCAAGAAGAAUUAGGUGUAUUUAGCUGGAGAGAAUAUAUUAUUACAAUAUUGUUUGUUACGGUUAUCCUUCUUUGGAUCACACGUGAUUUUUCAAGUUAUCGGGGAUGGGAUAUUUUGUUUCGAAAGGAUUAUGUAACGGAUAGAACGACUGCUAUGCUCAUUGGUUGUCUUCCAUUGAUUCUACCUGAUGAAAAUCCGUUCAGUAGUAAAGUUUCAGAUUGGGAAUAUCAUCCUAUUCUUAAAUGGAAUGAACUAGCUAAAGCAUUUCCUUGGAGUGUAUUUAUGCUGCAAGGUGCAGGUUUAGCAAUUGCUGAUGGAUUCACGGCAUCAGAUCUGUCAAGUACUAUUGCCACUUUUCUUCACUUUAUUGUUGGAGCACCUCAAGCUGCCAUCAUCCUCAUUGUUACUGUCAUUAGUGCUGUAUUUACUGAAUUUACAAGUAAUCUUGCUUGUGCCAGUAUUUUGUUUCCUAUUUUGGAUAGUAUAGCGAAAACAGCAAAUAUUCAUCCAGGUCGUCUCAUAUUACCAUCGUGUAUGGCUGUUUCACUGUCAUUCAUGUUACCCAUUGCUACUCCGCCGAAUGCAAUGAUAUUUAUGAAUAGUAAUAUGAGAAGUAGAGAUCUACUUGUGGCAGGACUUGGUAUGAAAAUCAUUGGAAUCGUCGUGAUAUUUCUCGUUUCACUAGCUUUACUCUCACCUGUUUUCCACAUCAGUAGCAUAGCACUAAUUUCAAACAGUACAUUGAUGACAAACGUUACAAGUGGAUAA